GUAGCAACCUUUUCCUACACUUGUCUGUCUGAGUUUUUUCAAACAAUUGAAUCUUUUGGAAGCAAAUAACAAAGGACAAGACAAAGUGGGAUCAUCAUCUUGAUUUCAUUAAUUUGUUGUCGAUAAAAACAAUGAAUGGAAAAAAUGGCAACAAUUUGGUCAAUGAAAUUGAAGAAUUCCAAGAGGAGGAGAAAUUUUAUUAUUCUACAAGUGAUUUAUUUGAAAUAGAUCAUGGAGGUGAAGUGGAAGGCAGUUUAUUUUCCUUUGACUUUAAUAAUAAAGGAGAUCAUGAUAUUGUUUAUGUUGUUGUUGGGAAUAAUAAUGCUGCUAAUACAAACAAGAUUAGCCUGGAGUCAAGUAUUGAUGCAUUGUUUUGGACUCUCAAACAUGGUGUAUUCAAUCCAAGUUCUGCCAUUGUUUUCCUCAUUCAUAUCUUCCCUCAAACCAAGUUCAUCCCUACUCCUUUGGGAAUGAUUCCAAUAGACCAAGUGAAUGAAGUGCAGAAAGAAAACUAUAUGGCUCAAGGAAGAAGCAAAAGAAGGCAGUUUCUCCAAAAGUUUGUUGACAUCUGCUCUGCUUCCAAGGUUAAAGUGGACACUAUACUAAUUGAGAGUGACAUGGAAGCCAAAGCUAUACUGGACCUCAUUCCCAUCUGCAACAUAAGAAAGUUGAUUCUUGGUACUUCUAAAGCCAAUCUCAAGAAAAUGAGAUCAAGAAGAGGUAACGGAACGGCUGAUCAGAUACUACAAAAUGCACCAGAGUUCUGUGAGGUUAAGAUCAUAUGUGAAGGCAAGGAAAUUGUAGAGCUACAGAUGUUUGAAUCUCCUUCUCUCCGGAACUCCAAUGGCAGCUCAAAGUCCAUGGAAGGCCACAUCCAGAAUCAAAAUCAAGAAGUCCAGAAUGAAUCCAUUGGAUGUGGAGGAUGUUUUGGAGCCAAGGUCAUGCCUUAGAUUUAUAGCUCAUAGUAUCCUACCCAAAGACUUGAAAUAUGUAAAUAUCUAUCACCAAACAACUGGUUCUCACAAUCAUCUCCCUUCUUUAUCAUACGACAAAUUACAUGUUACUAUUAACAGUAACUGUACAUUAUUUUUCCCAUUUUUCACAAGUAGAUCUUUAUUUUUCCCAUUUUUCACUUCUUCCUGCUAAGAUCCUAAUAAACAAUGGCUGCUUUAUUGCAAAAGUGGCAGAUUUCCUAACCCAUGAAAAAGGGAAGCCCGGUGCACUCAGCUUUCGCUAUGCGCGGGUUCCGGGGGAGGGCCGGAUCACAAAGGUCUAUUCUACGCAGCUUUACCCUGCAUUUCUGCAAGAGGCUGUUUCCACGGCUCGAACCCGUGACCUUGACCUCCUGGUCACAUGGCAGCAAUUUUACAAGUUACGCCAAGCAUCCCUUCAUUUCCUAAUCCAUGGACAAGGAAUAAUAUGUGGCUAAAGAUAUACUGAUAUUAUUGCCUGAUAUUUAAGGAAUGACAAGGAAAAGCAAAAACGAGAACUCCCUCGUUUUCUUCUGAAUGAGCCAAAAA